GCCGCGGGGUGGCCGGCCGUUGCCGUGGGGACCGUGGGCCCGUCCCUUCUCCGGUCCCCUGCCCCGCGCCGCCUCCACCGAGACGCGGAGGACGACCCGGACCCUCCUCUCCCGCCCGCCCGAGCUGCCGCCGGCGACCGGGCGAGAGGCGGUGCCGCUCCCAAGAUGUCGCAGACGGCCAUGUCCGAGACCUACGAUUUUUUGUUUAAGUUCUUGGUUAUUGGAAAUGCAGGAACUGGCAAGUCUUGCUUGCUUCAUCAGUUUAUAGAAAAAAAAUUCAAAGAUGACUCAAAUCAUACAAUAGGAGUGGAAUUUGGUUCAAAGAUAAUAAAUGUUGGUGGUAAAUAUGUAAAGUUACAGAUAUGGGAUACUGCAGGCCAAGAACGAUUCAGGUCUGUGACGAGAAGUUACUACAGAGGCGCCGCAGGAGCUCUCCUCGUCUAUGACAUCACCAGCCGAGAAACCUACAAUGCGCUUACUAAUUGGUUAACAGAUGCCAGAAUGCUAGCGAGUCAGAACAUUGUGAUCAUCCUGUGUGGGAACAAGAAGGACCUGGAUGCCGACCGUGAAGUUACUUUCUUAGAAGCUUCCAGAUUCGCUCAAGAAAAUGAGCUGAUGUUCUUGGAAACCAGUGCACUAACGGGGGAGAAUGUGGAAGAGGCCUUUGUACAAUGUGCGAGAAAAAUACUUAACAAAAUUGAAUCAGGUGAGCUGGACCCGGAAAGAAUGGGCUCUGGUAUUCAGUACGGGGAUGCCGCCUUGAGACAGCUGCGGUCACCGCGUCGUGCACAAGCCCCAAGCGCUCAGGAAUGUGGUUGUUAGAGAAGCACAGAGUAUCCAGGUGUUCAUACAGUGGUACUUGGGACACAGUUGUUGGACCUUGAAGAAGAAGUUUUUUACCACCAUCUUUUUCUACUUUAAACAGAAGUAGAUGUUUGUGUGAAGAAAAAUGAUCCAGGGUGUUACGCAAGCUCAUAGAUGUGGCACAGCAAAUCUGAUAGUAAUAAAUCUCAUUAAAUGGACGGUCCUGUGAGGUGUAUACAUGUAUGUAAAGAUUUUCUGCUCCAUAUUUCCCUUUCACUUUUGGUUGCAAUCCUGUGUGCCGUAUAUAUGCUCCAGCGAAUCACGUCUCCACAGCAUGGUAUCUGACGUCGGGCAUGGUAGAAUGUUGCCCUAAGUGCAGUCUAAGAUGUUGUUGUUCUUAAUCAUAUGUUAGUGGUGAGGUGUCCUUGAGUCAUCACGUCGGGUGUCGCGCACAGCUGGUUACAUUUAUGACCUGACACUCACAGACUCUGGCCUCGGUGGCCAGCGCAGCUCUGACGUCACUCCUCCUGCCACCGUCCGCCAAGUGUCUCCGUCAUCUGCCCUUGAAAUGCUAGACCAGUAGUUACCCCCACACGGAGGUAAAAUGAAACAUGGAGUGUUUCCAUGAACUUUACACUGUCCAGUACUCUGCCGACUUUAAAGUUUUUUCAUCCAAACCAGUUCGGGAAGCAUAGCCUGAGGACCCGCUGUGUUUUAGGCGCCAGACUGGGAGAUCCGUUAAGCUUUUGGCUGUUCGUAAGCGUGACGGACGGUGUAAUCUGGGGCUGCUCCCGUGUUUCUGGUUUGCUGCUCUUGAUGGUCCCCCGCUGGAAGACAUUGUUUGUUAACUGUGCUUUUCCUGGGAUUCAGUGUAUGAUGUCACUGCCUCUUUUUUAAGUCUUUUAUUGUUUCGUGUUUGUUUUAAGGAAACCCACUAAAUCAAGUCAAUAUUAAAGGAAUACCACUCAUUAAGAAAUUUCUGUAUAGCUUUCGCUGAAUACUUAAAUGCCUUACUACGGUUAUCAAGUUGACAUGUUUUUAAUUCACCUACGGUGUAUUGAAGUAUUAUAUAUAUUGUAUUACAAAGACUUGUUCUGAUAUUUUAAAAUGUCAAUGCAAAAAGCAUAUAAUAGAACUUUUCUUUAAAGUUGGAAUACAGUGUUAUUUAAGGCUAAAAGGUUAAAAAGCAUUCUUCACCUUCAGUAUGUUCUUUCACUGUGACUUUUAGCUGCAGACUGGGAGAUUUCAUUGCCUUUCUGUUAGAAGCUGCCCACCGCUUUUAUUGUUUGAUGGAGUCAACAGAGCACAGCGGCGCCACAGACUCUGGAAGGUGGAUUUGGAGGAAAAUAGUACGUAUCUGUUUUAGGUACUUCCAUUUUGCUUUUUUUUUUCCAAUGCCAUGGAUAUUUUCUUUUGAAAAGUCAGAAUAUGACGCAGACUCUGAGACUGAGCUACUCCGUGGACCGGGCUGGGAGAUCAUUGGAUGCAGUGUCGCAUUUAUGACAGUUCCGUGGGCCGCUUGCGUCUGAGCCGCGUUUUGCCUGGGACAGGAGCAUGUCUGUUCUACACAUCAUUUAUUCAAAAGCAGGAAUUUUUUAAAUGAAUGUGAAGUUGGUUUAUAAAUGAGCCUAUUCAUGAAACCACAGGUACUGCAUAUAAUUCCACAUCCUCUGACCAAUAAAAGUUGCUGGAGAACCAAA